UUCGAAAGGGGGAAGAGACGGUCGGAAGCGGAACCAUUAAUGAAAAGGAAGCGCACGUGCUUACCACGUGAGAGCGUGGACUUGACCAGACUCACUGGAACCGGUCAGUGCCGCUCGCACGUGGGGAGAUGACCGACACGUGCACGUGGCGUGGCUUUGCGGUUACUGAUGGAGUGCGGAGCCAGCAACCGCGCCACCGGCAAUUCUUCAGAGAGCUGUGUGCGGAGGAGAAGAAGAGAUGGGGAUUAAGAAACUGGAGUUUUUACUGGGAAGACGACGUCUUUCGAAGCUGAAACCCAUCUUGGCCCUCGCCCUAGCACGCCUCUCCGUCCUCCGCAGCCACCACCAGCUCCGGACCGGCCAGGCGCGCGACCAGGUCGCAAACCUCCUCCAACUCGGCCACCUCGACCGCGCCCUCCUACGGGCGGAGCAAGUGAUCAAGGAGCAGAGCACGGUGGAGGCGUUCGAAAUCCUGAGUCACUACUGCCAUCUCCUGACGGAGAGGAUCGGCUUGCUCCAAGAACACAAAGAGUGCCCGGAAGAGCUGCGGGAGGCCACGUCGAGCUUAAUCUUCACCUCGUCGAGGUGCGCGGUGGAGCUGCCGGAGCUCGCCAAGGUCAGCGCCAUCUUCUCCAAUAAAUAUGGGAAGGAGUUCGCGUCCGCCGCCGUCGAGUUAAGGAACCGAUGCCGAGUAAAUCCUGAGUUGAUCCAGAAGCUAUCGACGAGGUCGCCGAGCUUGGAAGUGAAGCAGAGGACGACGAAGGAGAUCGCCGCGGAGAGAGGAAUCGAUUUGGAAUUCGUCGAGGCUUCUGAUCCUGCUGAGGCUUUAGAGGUAAAGUUGUUUGACGAAGGUGCCAUGGAGAAGCAGCCGGAGACGAUGCACGUCAGGCGAGAGGAAGCCAAUUCCGAUGAGAUUUUUAGUGCCGAGUAUGAAGACGUAGUCACUGCAGCAAAGGAUGCUUAUGAGGCUGCGGCCUUUGCGGCGGCGGCUGCAAGGGUUGCCGUCAAGCUCUGCCGGUCUCAAUCUGAAGCAAACGCCUCGUAUCGGCCAGAGGAGAUUUAGCAACACUCAAUUGGCUUCCAGAGUCAUGAACUCAUGAUGGGCGUUUGUUUGUAUUUUAUAAUUGUUAUUUGAGUUGUUGUAAAAAAAACAAAACAAAAAAACAGUAGUUGUUUCAUUUGUAUUAUUUUGAUCUUGUCUCGAACCUGUAAAAACAGAACUGUGGGUGUGAUAUAGUUGGAAUGUUCAUGAUCAAGUAGUUGUUGGACACAAA